CCCCUCUUCUUCAACGUGGCAGGCGGAUCUUGGGGCAAAAAUGUUCAGAACUGUUUUGUAUUUGCACCGCAAUCAAAUCAAAUGAAAUUAACAGUACAAAAGAUGGUAUUUUGUGUCAUUUUCAAUUCAGAUUUAAUCGUUUGUCAAGUCAUAGCUCGGGAUUUUGUUCUGACAAAAAAAGAAAAAAAAAGAAAAGAAAGUUGGACAUGCCAUUUCUUACUAUUUAUUGCGUACGGCGACACCGAUUUUGUCCCUUGCGCGGAUUCAGAAAUACACCGUAUGGUCCGGUGUUUCGCAACCUUUUCUAGAAAUGCAGAGGUAUGUUGUACUUCGUCGCACCGCCAACCCAAAUGUCCCAAAAAUCGGAUGAAGGCUCCCGGCCAAUCACUUGGGAGACAGAGCCAAGGUGCGCUUCAUUCGUUGUUCUGCCCGUCACGAUACACGUCGCUGGCAGAGAGUGAAUUUGUGGAGACCAAACAACUUUGACCCAUCCUUGGUUUCGGAAGCGUCAGCGAAAAGCACAAAAAAAAAAACACCAAAAUUAAAACAGAACAAAACAGAGUCAUUCGCUUGAAAUAAAAAAAAAACAAAGGCAAAGCAGACCCGUGCCAAAAGGGAUAUAUAAUAAGGGAACGCACCGUCCUGUCACUCCAGAGGCCGGCGGACGCAAAACGACUCCUCGCGCAAUCUCGCGAGAUCCCACAUAAAAGGCGGUCACGGUCACACCGGAGACCUCGCAGCCCUUCCGAGUGCAAUUGCAGCCCGGUCGUGCCGCGGAGGCUCUGCCUUAUCGGAGUUGAUUUGAUUUGAUUGUAUUAUUAUUUAUUUUUUUUUGCAGCAAAACUCAAUCAAACCCCAUCGAAGCCUGAUGUUUUUCUUUGUCGACAGAACGGCGCGUCUCUCUUUGAAAGACUCUCGAUCAGCUGUUGUGCCCUCGGGAAAGAUGCAAAGCUGUCCGGGGGAGAUACGCGUGAACGUUACCUGAAGUUUGGCCGGCGCGUCGCAGCCGGCUUUUGUCGUCGUUGCGGUUGUUUUUGAUUUGGCUGAAUUCCGCCGCCGAGCACGCGUGCCCGCGAGACUCCGGCUCCGGUCGAGCAAGUUUCGGCGGCUCUUGGCCGUGCCUGAGCAGAGCGCGACGAUCUCAUUCAUCCUCUGCCAUACCCGCGCGUCGGCUCUCGCGCUCCAGCUCGUCGAGUGCAUCGGCGCCGGAACGCCACGGAAAGUCCUUCGUCGCACUUUCGACUCAAAGCUGCAAUGAGCCGAUUUCUUCCAGCGCAUCUUUUGGAAGGACAAGCCCGACGUCUCUCGGCGGAUGGAGAGCUGCCUUCUUCUGGGUGCCGUUUCACGGAGAGAGGAGCCUUGAGCAGCGGGUAAACAAACAGCAAGGACAACGACUACGAGCGAAAAGGAGAACCCGCGUCGUCCGAGGAUUUUUCUUUUUUUUUUUCCCCCUGAAUGAAGUAAACACGGCUAAGACUCUGAAAGCGGACGGGGACACCAUUUACCAGGAGGAAUAAAGUUCCACCGGACGGCCAUCCAGCGUCUCAGCCAUGGAGGUGGCAGCGGCGGCCGAUCAGUCCCGGUGGAUGGCGCACCACCACGCCGUGCUCAACGGCCAGCACCCGGACUCGCACCAUCACGGCCUGAGCCACAACUACAUGGAGCCCAUGGCGCCGCUGCUGCCCCAAGACGAAGUGGACAUGUUUCUGAACCACUUGGACUCUCAGGGGAGCCCCUACUACAGCAACUCUCGGGCCAGGGUCACGUACGGCCAAGCGCACGCUCGGCUCGGCGGGAAUCAGGUCUGCCGACCGCACCUGAUCCACAGCCCCGGCCUGCCGUGGCUGGACCCGGGCAAGGCCGCCCUGUCCGCCGCCGCCGCCGCCGCCCACCACCACCACCACCACCAUAACGCGUGGGCGGUAGGCCACUUCAGCAAAGCCGGCCUGCACGCCACUAGCUCGGGCUACUCCUGCGGCGGCGGCGGCCCUGGCGCCGGCGCGGCUCCGGUGUCUUCGCUCGCGCCGGCGACCCACUCCAGCCCGCACCUCUACAGUUUCCCCCCGACGCCGCCCAAAGACGUGUCGCCGGACCCCGGGCCCACCUCACCCACCUCCGCGUCGAUCCGCAUGGACGAGAAGGAGCCCCCCCUCAAGUACCCGGCGUCGCUGGCGGACGGCAUGAAGAUGGAGAGCUGCAGCCCGCUGCGCGGCGGCCUGGGCUCGGUGAACGGCGGGCCGGGCCCCGCCACGCACCACCCCAUCCCCACGUACCCGGCCUACCCCGCUCUGCACGCGGCGGCCCACGACUACGGCGGCGGCCUCUUCCACGCCGGGAGCCUGCUGGGCUCGUCGGCCGGUUUCGCUCCCAAAUGCAAAAGCAAAGCCCGCUCGAGCUCAGACUUAUAUGCAGAGGGCCGCGAAUGCGUCAACUGCGGCGCCACCUCCACUCCUCUGUGGCGGCGGGACGGCACCGGCCACUACCUGUGCAACGCCUGCGGACUGUACCACAAGAUGAACGGCCAGAACCGACCGCUCAUCAAGCCCAAGCGCAGACUGUCGGCCGCUCGACGUGCGGGCACCUGCUGCGCAAACUGCCAGACCACCACCACCACCCUGUGGAGGCGCAACGGGAACGGAGACCCGGUGUGCAACGCCUGCGGCCUGUACUUCAAACUGCACAACGUCAACAGGCCGCUGACGAUGAAGAAAGAAGGCAUCCAGACACGCAACCGCAAGAUGUCCAGCAAGUCCAAGCGAAACAAGCGAGCGGGCGACGGCUUCGAGGAGCUGACCAAGUGCAUGCAGGACAAGGCCUCUCCCUUCGGCGCCGCCCCCGGCCUCGGCGGCCAUAUGACCCACAUGGGUCACUUACCCCCCUUCGGCCACUCGGGACACAUGCUGCCGACUCCCACGCCCAUUCACCCUUCCUUCGGCCCCCCCCACCACAGCAACCGCUCGCCGGUUUGGGCGGAGCCGCAUUGAGCACCUAUCCCCGCCGCCUCGCCGCCAACUCUCAAGGCCCGCCCCUUCCUCGCCAUAGCCCGGCGGAGUCGCCGGGCGCUCGCCCGGAGCGGAUCCGCGCACUUGCGGCGGAUGGAAAACCAACGCGGGGAGCAAAACUCUGCGAGGAACUGCGUGUUCCCACAAGGAUCGCGAGAAUGGAGGUACCCGCCUCUCCUCGGCCCUCAGCGGAGGUCUUCAAAAGUUGUCGCUUCACCAAGCCGCCCCCUUCGAUUCGGACCCGGGCUGAAAAACGCCUCGUUUUUGUCAAGUGGUUGCAUGACCUCCACUUCAAAACUGGAUCUGGAUGCAGAGGAUUUGUUUUUCGUGCAAGCACUUGACAAAUCGCACGGCAAUUUAUUUUUUCCCCCCAGGGUAUGUGCACCCUCUCCAAACGAAAACCGGCAAGGACACGUGGAGCGACAGCGCCUCUGCUUCAAGGCAGCGGGGCCAGACUGCAGUCAGCGCACACAUACACACGCACACACACGCACAGGCCGGAUCGCGCGCCACGGCGCUCCUUUUUAAUAAUGGCCUUUUAUGGGGGGAAAAAAAAAAAGACAGCGUAAAGAGAGUGUUUAUUAAAUGCCUGAUUGUUAUUACGGUUGAUAUCUUUGAUGUUAUAAUUAUUGCUGCGAUAAUUUAUUUUCACGCUUUUGUCAAAGACAUACGGAAAAUGUUUGGACGUGGAUUUUACGGUGAUGACGCAAAGGAAGAUCACCGGCUUAGAGAUGAAAAUUCCCAGAGCUGUGCGUUUUGAUCAUUAUUUCCAUCACAGAAAAAGUGAAGAAAAUAAAGUUUAAUACUUAAAUGGUA